AAACGUGUUGGUUUGGUAGACAUCGCGGAAGUAUUGUUAAGUGCAGUGGUCGUACAAACGUACACGCCAUUCUUCAAACAGUUGCUUGCUUAUUCAAACGAUAUUCCUUGAUUUCUCUGGAGUGACCAGAUUGCUACUGAGCAGGUGGCUUUAAGCGCAUCAUCAGCGAUUCUUAUAUCCGUCUUGUUCUUCUACCUCACGAUACAGAACAGUGUCAACGCGUGCCCUGCAGAACAAGUGACAAUUAGGAGUUGUCCUCGACGUCACAACCCUCUACUGGCCCGUCACAUACCAUGGCCAAUUUCCAGGGCCACACACUGGCCGGAACUUUUUUCUUCCUUUUCGGAACAUGGUGGACCUUCGCGAUGUGGCUCAAUUACGUUCGCAAAAGGGAGAACAAGCAGCGCUACCUAAGCCGCUGUUCGUACGCAGUGCCCGGCCUGCCCAGGAAAAUGAGUAUUGAGGGCAUCGUCAAGAUCAUCGGUACCUCCGUGUGCAUUACCAUCGAUACUCGCUAUCUAUUCAGAUUCGACCACUCCCUGAACGCAGAGAGCGUCCAGCACCAUUCUAUGUACGCGUUCUUCAUGCUCAACGGCCUCAUCGACGUCAUGUACAAUGCCGGGUUCCCUUUCCCGCGGAACACGGACUACGUGGUGAUGCUGCUCGCCUGCGCCUCCGACGGUCUACUGUUCUACUCACACCUAGGUGGCAAGCCGCAGCUCGAGGUCAUGGUGCACGCGCUCUUGGUGUGCAGCAUGGUCGCAAUUGUGGCCUGCAUCGUAGCCGAGAUGUGUCAACCUCGAAACGUCCUGCUGUCCCUGGGUCGAGCGUACUUUUGCCUACUGUAUGGGACGUGGCUAUGGCAGAUCGGCUUCAUCCUCUACAAUCCGCUGCCUGGAUCCAAACCCUGGGACGUUAACAGCCACAUGGACUCGAUGUUGGCCGCAAGCGUAUUCGUGUGGCACAUGAUGGCUUUGCUGGUCUACGUUGGCGCGGUGGGCGCUGUGGCCUGGGCGGUGACCCGAACGUGCGGCAAGUUCUGCAAUGACGUCGUCUCCGUGGAUGAGGAGGAGGUCGGUGACCUCCGUGAAGCAUUUUUAAAGAGUGGCGUAUGAAGUGACGGGAACGUGUCCUCAAGGUGUUUGUUGGCGACGCGGCGUACGACGAACUUUAUCAUUCUUAGAGAGAGAGACAAACUUUAAGUGCCCUUGCUGGCGUCAAGGGUGGCGGGGGGCCGGGACGGUAGGUGAUAUAUAUUUAAUGUUUGUGCUGUGUUUUAUUGUGUGAGUAGCUAGCUGCGGGAUAGGCUCAUAUCAUAUUGUCGCGCUCGCUGCGAGGCGCACCACACUCCUUGCAUUGUGGUGUGUGGACUGCGGGGUAAAUACGGCUGUGCGGUGAAGGUCAGGGGAAAGUGCGUGUCUGUAAUAAACGUCAGGUGACGGAUUGUUACUUA